AUGAACGCGUUAUCCACUGCGGCUAGAGCCGACACGGCCAACGAAGCAUCAUGGUCCAACAUACCCACGAAGCUGCUCCUGGCCGAGCUCCAGAGGCGCAAUGACCAAGCCAACGGCGACGCCCAACCGCAAAAACCAGAAUGUGGUUCCCGAGAUAGGGGCUGGUAUGAUAUGCCAGCACAUGUGUUUGCCCUGUUCCUUAUCUUGAUCAUCAGCACCAUCAGUGAGAUAACCCCUUCCUUAUCCAAACUCUUCAAUAUGACAGCGAUGCUAAAGAUUGAUCUUGCUCUUUUAGGCUGCGGAUUUCCCAUUAUAUCGAGACGAACGGCCAGCGGAGGCCGGCGAAAGAGCAUCAUAUUUUACUGCCAGCAUAUCGGAACCGGAGUUUUGCUUGCGACGGCAUUCGUGCAUCUACUUCCCAUGGCUUUCGAUUCCUUAACCGAUCCUUGUUUACCAGACUUUUUCAUAAAGGGCUACAGACCGUUGCCAGGAUUCAUCUCCCUGGUAUCUGCUAUUUUGGUUGUUGGCGUAGAGUCUUACCUCACUGCUCGUGGCGCAGGCCACUCGCACUCCCACCACGAGUACUGGGAGGAGGGUGAGGAAGGGGCCCAAGGGCCGCAAAUUCAGCUACAAGAAACCAUUGGGCUGUCGAGAAGCAGAGCUGGGAGCCACCGUCCAGGGAACCUAUCGCUGGGUGAUAGCGAAGCUCAAGGCCUUGUGGCUGGGGUAUCUCCGCUUCCGGAGUCUACGCCAACGGGACAGAACGGCAAUGCUGGGAAGCGCAAACCGCACAUAGUGGACGAAUCAAACGAUGAGGAUUCCGACUUGGAUCUGGAUAUGGAUGAACUUGAUCCUGCGCCACCCGGCGAACGCCACAACGGUCAAUAUGCGUCGCUCAACCGACCCAGAUCAUCAGCACAGGACGACCUCAUGACUCCAAACCCCACGGUACCUAUGACCGCAGAAGAGCAACACAGACAGGUCCUGCAAUGUCUGCUUCUCGAGGCUGGCAUCCUCUUUCAUAGUGUUUUCAUUGGAAUGGCCAUUUCAGUUGCCACCGGCCCCGCCUUCGUAGUCUUCUUGGUCGCUAUCAGCUUCCACCAAUGCUUCGAGGGACUCGCUCUUGGUAGCCGUAUCGCUGCUAUCCAAUUUUCGAAGAGAUCUUUCCGGCCUUGGUUGAUGGUACUAGCAUACGGCCUCACAACACCUAUCGGCCAAGCCAUCGGACUGAUUGUUCACAAACUAUAUGACCCUCAAAGCAUGGCCGGCUUGCUCGUUGUAGGCUUUAUGAAUGCCAUCUCAUCGGGAUUACUGCUCUAUGCCGGUCUAGUUCAACUGCUGGCAGAGGAUUUCUUGACCGAGAAGAGCUACAAGGUUCUCAAGGGAACCAAGCGCUUGCGAGCAUAUCUGGCCGUAUGUUGCGGAGCUUUGAUGAUGGCCAUAGUGGGCGCAUUUGCAUAA